CACACUAAAAACAGAAGGAAUUUAUUUUUUUAUAAAAAAGAAAUUCACAAAUACACAUAGCUCAGGGAUCUUGACUGAAUCUGGCAUCAUGAGUCUUAAACAACCCUGCAUCUUUCUCAGAGGAGGCAAAAGGAGACAUUCAAGAGCACUUACACAUGAUGAGAUAGAAGAGUUACGUGAAGCUUUUGUAGAGUUUGAUAAGGAUAAGGAUGGUUUAAUAAGCUGUAAAGACUUGGGGAACUUGAUGAGGACCAUGGGUUAUAUGCCAACUGAAAUGGAGCUGAUAGAACUGAGUCAAAACAUCAACAUGAACCUUGGGGGGCGGGUGGACUUUGAGGAUUUUGUCGAACUAAUGACCCCCAAGCUUCUGGAUGAAACUGCAGGGAUGAUUGGUUUGAAGGAACUCAAAGAUGCUUUCAAAGAGUUUGAUUUAGAUGGCGAUGGUGCUAUCACUUCUGAUGAGAUGAAACAUGCUAUGGUGAAGUUGUUGGGCAAACACACCAGCAAAAAUGAAAUUGAUGCAGUGGUCAAGGAGGCUGACAACAACGGUGAUGGAACAGUUGACUUUGAGGAGUUUGUGAAAAUGAUGUCACAGAAAUGAGAACAAAGGAAUGAAGAAAGGAGCGGAUGUAUUUUUAUUACUUUUUCUGUUAUUGUUAUUUUGUAAUUUCUGGUAAUGCUGCUAGAUAAUGUGGCACUCAUUAUUUUUUUUUAAACUUACUUACUUACUUAUUAAUUUAUGGAUUUGCUAUUGUUAAAAUUGGUUAGCUCUAGGAAGCCAGACAAGAUUUUGUAUAUUUGUCACUUGUCCCCUUCUUUCUUGAUGCCCUGAACUUGUCCAACUUAAAAAUAACAGGUUGUAUCUGUGUCAUUGUUAGAUUUUUAAAAUUUAUGAAUAAAUAUAAAAUAUUAGAAAUAGCUACUCUACAGUAUAUUAAGUUAAUUUAUGAUCUGGAAAGACUUGGUGGGCUGCAGUGCAUACUGAUAUUUCACCUAUAUUAGUACUGCAUGUUUAGCUGAACUGGUGAUCCUUUCUGUUAAAAUAAAUAAAAUUCUUGUUUUUGACUCAGAAAGAAGAUUGCAAUUUAUGUAAAACUACAGACGGUGAUUGAUUUGCAGUUUAACUUAGCAGUGGAGUUUACUGACACGCUAAUUACUGUAUUCCCUGAACAGAUACACUCAUUUCCCCACUUUUACUGCUAAUCACCAGACAGGAGGUGUAGUCUAAGUGGUGCUGUGUUCUUGGAUUUUAAUGACCCUUAUUUGGAUUAAACAUCAGAGAUUAGGUUUCUUUAUGGCUCUGUGACAUGUGAGAUGAUUAAAACAUAUAUGAUGAUUG